AUGUUCGCGGCUGUGAAGAUGUACGCCCACGUGUUCUUCGGCCGUGACAUUGCCGCUCAGACCGUCAGCAUGCUGUUGUUUCUUGAAGACAAAACCAGCUACCAACAAGCAUGGCACCCAAGAAUAGACGGACGAAGACUGCGCGACAUCGAGUUCAGCUCAUUCGAUUACAACGUUUGUUUUGGCAACGCCAACGCUCUACCCGUGACGACGUCACGAGCCAAGACGUACACGGAGUCCCUCCAAUGUCACCAUCCUCGCGACGAUAGGGCGUUGAACAUCAAGAUCAAGUACUUGGCCAUGUACUUCGAGGAAAUCGACGAGUCGAUCGAUAUUGAGCCAUGCAAUAAGAGUCCACUCCGGAUGAAACAAGAGGUAAGUAACGAAGUUUCGGCGGAUUUCUAA